AUAGAAAUCUAGUGUAGGUGUGGGUAUUUUAUCGACCGUAAUAACUAUUAUAACAUCUUAUAACAUUUUAAAUACUCGAUAAAAUAUUAAUAAUCUUAAAAGGAAAGACAAACCGGUAAUAACUACUAAAUUUCAGUUCAACCGGUAAGAACUAGCUUGGACUACCUGUAGUCUGUUCCUGCUUGUAUUUUUAUGUGUUGUAUUCUCUCUUUGACAGUUUUAUCGGUUCUUGACAACUUUUCUAAGAAAUAUGAUUUUAGUGGUUCUUUUUAGUGAUGGCAAUUAGUCGGAUUGGUGUGAGUUAUUGUCAAACCCAAACUCAAAUUUAUGUAUUUAUCCAAUAAAAAAAUUCAUAGUAAAAUUCAUUGGAUUUGGAAAACUCAAACCAAACACAAGUUGUUGGGUAUUUGCGAGUUCAUGAGUACCCAUGAGUUCAUGUACAAAGAUGCAAUUACACUAGUUUUCACUACUAUUGUCUACCACAUACACACUAACUAACUAACGAAUCAUUCAUACAAAUUGUUCAAUAUUAAAGAUAAACAUCCACAAACAAUAUGAUUAGUUGAACGUGUGAGAAAUAAGUUUAGAAAUUAUAGUUAAUUUAUUAAGGGUUUCGUGAGUCAUGGGGGUAUGGACUUGGGUGAGUGUAUACGCGGGUUGGAUAUGGAUAAAUCCAAACUCAACCCGCAAAAAGUAUAGUGGAUUUAAACCCGAACCCGACCCGCAAUUCGUCAAAGUGAAUUUUAUCCGCGUUGACCGAAUUGGGUUGGUUAGGAUACCCGCAUGUUCGGGUUCUACUGCCAUCUCUUGUUCUUUCUCUACAUUAGUUUAGUUUCUGAGCCUGUGGGCUCUUCGUAUGAGCUCCGGUGCAGUCGUGGACUUAAAAAGUGGAUCCGAUCCAACUACCAUUUGGGCUUCGGUUUUGGAUAAAUCCGAUCCACAAAAAUCCACCUCACCUCCUCUCUUCUUCCUCACUCGUCAUCAUCCCGUCACUUCCCCCAGCCUUAUCGGGAUAACGAAGAAAAGAAAUCCGAAGAAGCAAGAAAGAAACGAACAGGCCAUGGCGGCUUCUUUAUCCAUAAUGUCGUCGCCGGCGUGGAUGCCGUCGUGCAGAAACGCCCAAUCCUCACCUCGUGGAUCCGUCUCCGCUUCUCUCUCCCUCUCCACCGGCAAGAGGAAUUUCUCCAUGAAUGCCGCUUCCAGCUCUACAUCUCGCUCCGGCCUGCUACACUGCUCUUUCCUCUCACCUCCGACAUCCUCCUUCUCAGGUCUGUCUUUGGGAACGGUGGAUUUGAACUCCGGCGAAAAAUCGAGAAAGCGGGGCGGCGGCCUGGUGGUGAGAGCAGGGAAGGCUGCGCUUUGCCUGACCAAGAGGAACAGGUCGAGGAAGUCUCUGGCGAGGACUCAUGGUUUCCGGCGACGGAUGAGAACGACCAGUGGGAGGGCGAUUUUGAAGCGCCGACGGGCAAAGGGGCGCUGGGUCCUCUGCACAAAAUCAAAUCCGAACAGCGGCAAAGCUUCCUAAAACUGCCUAAUUUUGUUCCACUUGUUUUGCUGGGUGGAAGACAAGGUGAUUGACAUUUCCCUUUAAUCGUAUUUCGACUCCAAAGUUCGUUCAUGGUUUCUUUUUUUGAUUUCCAACCUUCUCUAAGAACUUGGAUACUAGUGGCAAUAUUUAAUUUUUGAAUGAUACAUGAUAAUGAAAAUUUUCGCCUAUG